AAGCAUUUGUAUUUUAAAAUAAUAGUUCUAUAGUUGUGUUUUGGUUAUAUAUUCUUUCUAUAUUUUAUAAUUUUUUUUAUGGUGUGGAUAUAUUUACAACUAGUUAAAUUACAAUAUAGUCAAAAUCGUUGUUUAAAACAACUGGUACUAUUCGAACGCAAACAUUUACACAACAUUGCAACAGCGUGUAGGUCGAAUUUAAUUAAGAAGUAAUAAUAAUAAUAAUAAUCAGAAGUGACAGAAUGCCAUCAUUCAGAAUAUAUUUUGUAUUAAAUAAUGUAAUUUAGUAAUUAAUAAUUUGUUCGGUCACUUUUUUUUUUAAAUAACGUUAGUAAUACUUUUAAAAGUGACAAUAAAAAUAACUUUUGUUACUUCCAUUAUAUUAUUGAAUGAAGUCAGCUGACGAAUAUAAACAAAGGGAAUGUUCAUAACCAAGUCCUGAGACUUACUGAAAGUGUCUGUGAUUUAGAUAUAAGAGAGAUGGAUAUUGACGGUUCAUCUUCGGCCGGAGAGCUCGGUCCCAAUCAUGGAGAAAUAGAUCAAAAUCUACUUCUCCUAUUUAGCUGUAUGAAUACAACAGAUAGAGAAGAACUUAUAGGUCAAAUGCAAAGAUUAUUAGGGCCAAGUUUAACUUACAAUACAGCUAGUUUUUUCUUGGAUAUGAGUAAUUGGAAUUUACAAGCUGCAAUAUGUUGUUAUUUAGAUUAUAGUCUACCUCCUAAACCUCCAUCUAUGUCAUUGAAGGCUGCUCAAGUUCAAGAAUCUGUUGUAGGACCUGGAACUUUUUUUGAACAAAAUUGGAGUAUUGCCAACACAGGAACUGAAGGUUGGCCAGGUAGCUGUAGAUUAAUACAGGCGGGUGGUGAAUCCUUUGAUGCCACACCUGUUUAUGUACCGCCAUUACCACCAGGGCACACAACUAACAUUACCAUGAAGUUAAAAGCCCCCAGUGUUGCCGGCGUUCAUAGAGGCUUCUUCCAUUUGGUAACAGACAAAGGAGACCAGGUUGGUGACACUUUAUGGGUAGAAGUGACAGUGGAAUCAGAAGUGACAAUGGCUCUAGCCGAACAAUUAGCCGCUCUACCAAUACCAAGCAGUAGAUUGGAAGAUUCAGUUUCACAGACGCCACCACAAGAUGACCAAAUGUGUUGAUAUAAAAUAUUUUAUUGUUAUUAUCAGCUACUUACUUUAUAUUUAUGACGACAUGAUUUUUUUUAAUUUUUUUGACUGUAGCUGUUUUUAAUGAAAUGAGACUUAAUAAACAAUGACGAAUGUACAAAUGCUAUAAAAAUACUUGGACCAGUUUAAUACUUGGAUGACUUUUAUAUUCUGAGUAGUUUUUUUUUCUAUUUAAUUGAAUAUGAAAUGAUACAAUUAUUGAACAGGUUCCAAGGACUGUUACAUAGCUGUAAGGAAUCUAUUUGUUAUUGUUAAAGAUUUACAAAAUGUAUAAGAAAACAAUUUUAUUAGCAUCAUCCUAGAUAUAAAUUAUGUUGUAGAAUUGGGUUUUAUUUUGUAGAAUGUAUUUUAAGUGAACAGUGUCAGCGUAAGUUUAAUUUUAUAUAAAAUAAAAUCAAUAUUUAAUUUUCCUGUCAUCUUAAUCAAGCAAUAAUUUUUUCAUGGAACAUUUUUGAUUUUAAUAAUAAAUUAUUUAAAAAAUA